CUCUGUUCAAGACGAGGUUUAUCAAGUUGAUCUCGAUCUGUGUCUGAAAUAUAAUCCGAGGGUCGAGGCGGCUUUGGUGAUCUCCGGCUAUUCGGUGGCAAGACGAGGCAACUCUGGAAUUUCGGUGUGUUGAUUGACCAACCACCAUAAUGCCAGACAGGUAGGUGUGAGUGCAUGCCAUCCUUGCAGCUUUUUAGCAGCAUUUGUCGGCUGCACACGUCUGUCAGUGGGCUAUCCACAACAACUUACCCCAUUCCACUCGGCCUUUGUCCUGGGGCAUCCCCAUAUCAACUGGCACGGGAGGGGAAGAGGGGUUCGGCUUCUAAAGCCGUGCACGAGUUCCAGAAGGCAGGAGAUCGGCCAUCGGCAGUACAAAAGUAGAUACAACAUCGACGGUGGAGGUGCAGAGUGGUAGGGGUGCAGCAGUCACUGGCGCUUGGCGCACUGGGCCUUUUGCUUGUUAUAAGUACCUACUAGGUAGUUACUGGGGCAUGAAUGGCUCUUAUGCCGUGCCGAGGCCCUUUGACUGGUUAAGAGCCUCCAAGAGUGGCCACCCGCCGAAGCUAAGGAGAAGAGCUUGUGCCGCACUUCUUCGCUGAUCGAAUCUCGUGUCAAGAAUCCUAAGGCACGGUCGAAUUGUCCACCCACUCACAUCUUCUCAUUGCCACUUUGCUCUUCUGAUGUUGCAUCCGCAUGUCAAAAAUGUCCGAGCUGCCGACAGAGCUCUCAAUAUCUGAAGCUUCGGCUUUUGAUCUUCUCCAACAUUUCCAGAGCAAGUUCGCUAGGGGCACUGCUGUACGGAGUAAGCGAAGAUGACUCUUGCCACUAACCCCGCUCAACCCAUCAAAAGUCCAAGAUGAAUCGAGUAGGACAUCCGUUGUCCCACUGACUAUAAAGAUGGCAUGAUGGUACUUUACUGGUGGGUCAACGAUCGUCGUCGAAGGGGAGCAAUGUUUACAAAACCGGCCCACUUCCCACUUCAUCUGCAAACUCUGCCAAAAUCUCUUCACUCUGUUGCCAAUCUCUACCAUCGACGCGAACCUGAACCUGGUCCUCCGCAGCCAACAACCCAUUUUCCAGUGACAACUCCUUGAGCUCUUGGUUGGCCGUCGUUGAAGUCGUUAUGGAAGGUGGAAGUGGGUAUCAACAGGCCCCUCGUUGAUUUCACGGCGGCACUAACUCGCGCCGUCCAGACGAAAAAGACGGCCUCAAAGGUGGUAAUCUGAACUAUGAUCCGGAUAUUGCUCAUCCUGCAGCGGGAUAUCAGAACCAUGAGCCCGUCACCCUGCCGGACGGCUUGUCAGAGAGAAGACUCAUCACAAAGAUCGAUUUACAUGUGAUCCCAUCUCUCUCGAUCCUCUAUCUCCUUGCGUUCCUCGACAGGACGAAUGUUGCCAACGCCGCAGUUUUUGGACUUCAAAAAGAUCUGGGACUGUCGGCCACACAGUAUUCCACCGCCCUAACUAUCUUCUUCGUCCCAUAUGUCAGUCCACUUUAAUGAUGCUCUGGAAACACCUGGCUGACGGGGUUGCCUCCAGAUUCUUUUUGAGAUUCCUUCCAACAUCAUUCUCAAAAAGCUCAAGCCCCACGUGUGGCUGUCGCUUUGCAUGUUUGGAUUUGGACUGGUAACGAUAUGCCAAGGGUUGGUACAAGGCUACGGUGGUAUUAUCACCACGAGAUUUUUCUUGGGGUUUUUCGAGGCGGGCAUGUUUCCUGGCUCGUUUUACCUCAUCGGGAUGUGGUAUAAGCGUAAGGAAGCGCAAAAGCGGUACACCUUCUUUUUUGCCAGUACGACUCUGGCAGGCGCCUUUGGCGGCCUUCUAGCAUCCGCAAUCGGCAAAAUGGACGGAAUCCGCGGUUAUCUCGGCUGGAGAUGGGUGUUCAUUCUCGAAGGCAUCCUCACCUGCGUCGUCUCCUUUGUCAUCUGGUUUGCUAUUCCUGAUUUUCCUGAGGAUGUCAAAUGGUUGAGCGAACCAGAACGCAGCUAUGUUCGAGCACGUCUGCAGGAAGACCAAGGCAAAUCCGCUCUGGAGCGACCCAUCACUUUCAAGGAUGUAGUCAAUUGCUUCAAAGACUACAAGAUCUUUCUGGGUGGCCUGAUGUACUUUGGUCUAAUUGUCCCUGCAUAUGGUUACGCCUAUUUUGCUCCGACCAUCAUCCGCACCUUUGGCUACAGCCCCAUUCAAACCCAGUUGCACUCGGUACCACCGUGGGCCGCAGCUUUUGGAUUCAGUAUGGCAGUGGCCGUCCUGUCGGAUUACGUCCAGCACCGCUUCCUCUUCACCGUCGGCCCUAUCUGCGUGUCCAUUGCCGGAUUCGCGAUGCUGAUGGUGAUUCAUCAUGACACAAAUGCUCAGUAUGCAGCCUUGUUUCUGAUAACCUCAGGCACAUACAGCGCAAUGCCGAUCAUCGUUUGCUGGUUCACCAUGAAUUUGGGCGGACAUCAUCGUCGUGCUGUUGGUUCUGGCUGGAUCAUUGGGUUUGGUAAUAUCGGCGGUAUUAUCGCAAGCUACAGCUUCAAAGCGAGUGAUGCAGCCACGUUUUUCCAUCGCGGAUACAGCAUCUGUCUCGGCUUUAUCUGCCUUAGCGCAGCCAGCUGUGUUGCGUACUACGUUGCACUACUGUCGCAAAACAGGUCCAGGGCCAAGAGCCACGUCGUUGGUGUUACCGACUACGAGAAGGUCGAAUUGGGCGAUAUGAACCCUUCUUACAGGUACAUGUACUAAUCAAGGGAACGUUGGGAGCUGAACACAACAGAGGCAAAAUCUUGGAGCAAGUGGGUGGACCUUGAUCAGCAACGCUUGGUCCAGUCGAGGACAUUGGUGGCUGUGACAUCGUGCGUCAAGCUAAGCUUUGCUGCGACUCGAGCCUAGGCUGGUGCUCUUGCUGAACAUAAGAAACUCAGGUGUGCGCUUGAAGCUACCCGCCUGACCUCGGUGUUUAGGCAGGAAACAACCCAGUGGGCUCCUAGUAGAAGCCUAAAGUCAGUCUCGCAUUGUAUUGAAGCCGUGGUAUAUACGACUAUAUCCUACUUCCUCUUUUAGGCGCUUCGAAGUGGCCCGGAUAUCCUCCGUAUAGCCCGACUUCACUGUGUUAGUCACUUUUUAAGUUAGGUGGCAAGUGGUGGUAGUAGAUCCAUGAAUGGUUUAGCGUAGGCGCUAGUGGACAUGCACGACCUGAUCAUCUUCAACCUGGGGA